CAGAGUAAGACAUUGUCUUGUAUCAUCCAUCAGACCUGCCUAACUUAAAAACCGGUACACGAGAGCAGGGGUUAAAAUGCGACGGACCGUCCGCACACAAUCGACAGUUUUAUCAGUAUUUUAAACUUUCCGCAGCGGUUAUAGUGGUGUACAACAGAAAGUACUGUGUUAUUUAUCCAGCUCAAGUUUCAGGUACAUUCAUCAUUCAGGGGGGCUUUUAUCGUUAUCCGUCCAUCCACCAGCGCAACAUUAGCCGGGCGGAAGGAAACACAAACAAGUACAACAUAGCAAAACCAUUAAUAAAAACCGCUCCGUAGUUUAUUUUCUUCACCAGCCUCUCGCUACCUGGACCUACAUGGCUGCCAAUCCUCCAGGACAGGCCUUCCCAAACAAAACACGGGUGGCAAUCCUGGCCGAGCUGGAGAAGGAGAGGAGGCGGCUGAUGCAGAAUCAAUCCAUGAACACUCCUGGAGCCAGUAUCUCGCUGUCCAGGCCGAGUCUGAAGGAGUUCAGGGACAACGCAGAACAGCAGCACAUCGCUGCCCAGCAGAAGGCCGCCCUGCAGCACGCACACGCACACUCAUCAGGCUUCUUCAUCACUCAGGACUCCUCGUUUGGAAACCUCAUCCUCCCCGUCCUCCCACGCCUGGAGCCUGAGUCAUGACCUCGGACUCCUGAUCUCCCUCCAUACUGCCUGAGACAAAGCUUAGAAACAAAAUAUGUGCACAUCAGACCACUGUCUCUCCCAGUUUCCUCUUUUAAGUCUGUGGUUAAUGGACAGUUGUUUGUCAAGUUGUAAACAAUCUCAGGGGGAAGUGAAUCCAUCAUUUUUACAUUUUCCAGAUUAACAACCUGGCUGCUGAUUUUAGGAAAGCUUUAAAAAAAAAAAACAGUUGGAUUAGAGAUUCCAGAUCACUAAGAAAAAUCCUGUUAAGUCAUCCAGGGGCUAAAGACAAACUCUACAGAAAUACUGUAAAUGUUAUCCUGCUCUGUUGCCUAUCAUAUGGCUUUCCAUAAAAUGUACAUUUUUGUCAGGUUUUUACAUUUGUAAUUGAUUUGUAUUGAUAUUUGGACAAUAAAAUUGUUAC